UCCAGCUAGGCUUUGUCAAAAGUCCUUAUACAAACCCUAGAAAUACAGAGACUAUACAAAAGUUAUUUGUCUUCCUACCUAUAAUGGAAAUGUCCAUUAAUUAUUUUCCUCUCUUAUCUUUUUUUUUUUUUUUUUUUCUCUCUCUUUCUAUUCUUACAUUGUUCUUGUGCAAGUGCUUUAGAACAAGGGAAAGAGGAGAGGAAUUAAGAACGAGAGAGAGUUUGUUGGUACUGAGAGAAAGAGAGAUGGGGAGAGGAAAGAUAGAGAUAAAAAGGAUAGAGAACUCAAACAACAGGCAGGUCACAUACUCAAAGAGAAGGAACGGGAUCAUGAAUAAGGCUAAGGAGAUCGCUGUUCUCUGUGAUUCUCGUGUCUCUCUAGUUAUCUUUGCUAGGUUUGGCAAGAUGCACGAGUACUGUAGCCCUUCCACUAAGUUGACUGAUGUAUUGGAUCAAUAUCAAAAGCAGUCCGGGAAGAGGUUGUGGGAUGCUAAGCAUGAAAAUGUCAGCAAUGAACUCGACAGGAUCAAAAAAGAGAGUGACAGGAUGCAGAUUUACCAACAAGAGAUGGCUAUGGAUGGUAAUGUGAGAGACAUGGAGAAAACAUUUCAUCAGAGCGAAUUCCAGCCCCAAAUGCCCUUUCACUUCCGCGUACAGCCAAGUCAGCCAAAUUUACAGGAGAGGUUUUGGAAUUGUUGA